AUGGGCUACAACCUCAGAAUGACCCUUUUGUUCCUCUCCAUGCUUAUCAGCUUCCUUAGCCAAACUCCAACUGAAGUUGCUCCAAUUGUCUACAACCAUAUCUGCACAAACACAACCACUUUAACCGCCAACAGCAACUACCAAUCCAACGUCCUUCGCCUCCUCGCUUACCUCUCCUCCAAAGCCACUAGCAACUUAGAAUUCUACUACGCCUCCGUCGGAAACUCUGUCGACAUGGUUUACGGCCUCUUCCUAUGCCGCGGUGACCUCCCUGCCGCAGACUGCCAAAAUUGUGUCGUCGUGGCAACCAAGGAGAUAGUCGGAUACUGCACCGAGGAGAAAGUGGUCAUGGCUUGGUACUCGGAGUGUAUUUUACGCUACUCUAACUUGUAUAUCUUCUCCACCAUGGCCUCCGAACCUACCUCUUCUAUUUCGAGCACGGAUACAGUUUCAGACCCUAACCGGUUUGACAAGCUAGUGACGGCAACAAUGAAUGGUUUGGCAAGUAGCUUUUCGAAUGUUGCGUUUGGAGCCAAGAAGUUUGGGACAAAAGAAGCAAAUUUCACAGCUUCACGAACACUAUACACCCUUGUGCAGUCCAUGCCGGACCUAUCGGGUUACAAUUGCAAUAGGUGUCUUCAGAUAGCGAAGAAGAAUCUGUCGCGUUGCUGCACAGGAAUGAAAAGUGAGGGUUUGGCAUUAUCCUCCCCGGUAAUCAAAUUCCCGAUUGGUUCACAUAUUAGUGUGAGGGACCCUCAGUACAUUUUAAAGUACCUACUGUUGAUUGCCAUUGAACGAGCAAGAAUUGGUGGCCCAUUCCCUCUUGAAGAUCACCUAUUGCUAGGCAAUAUUGUUCCUACCAAUGAUAUUGAGGAUGGUGAUGAAGUAGAGGUUCUUGUAGAUUGCGGGCCUAAAAUCAUUGUGAAGAAAAUAGGGGUCUAUCUAGUAUAUGAAAGGGUUGUAGAUGGAAAAGAUGAGGAUCAUGCCAUUACUGUCAGUGAUGAUGAGGAUGACAAUAACAAUAUAGAAAACAGAUGCUCCUCUAAGAGAAAAAUGAGAUCUCCAAAUAUGAUUGAUGAUUCAGAAAAUUUGAUGCAAGAGAAAAAGCUCAAAAAGCUUGCUAUAGAGGAAAAUGAGUAUUAUUUUUACUCUUUUGUGAUGAGAUCUCAAAAGUUUCAAUUUGAGUAG